AUGUCGAUCAGUUCCUAUAUCCUGUCGGGCAUCAGCUCGUUCGUGGUGGUGACGCUGUCACUAUUCGCUCUUGGCCAGAAGGUGCCCCGCGCUGCAUUUGUUGCCCGCUGUCUCGCCGCCUAUGGGUCUCUGCUUCUGUGCGCGACUUACGGCGUUAUUGCCUCGAUCAUCCUCCGCCUCGUUGGUUACGGCCGUAUCUCGCAAUGGGCUACCGCCCGCAGCUUUAAAUGGGUGAUGCGGUAUACCACUGGUGUUAAGUUCGAUAUCAUUGAGGGUGAGGAGCACCUUACCACUCGGCCGGCUAUUUUCAUUGGCAAUCACCAGACCGAGCUGGAUGUUCUUAUGCUGGGUGCUAUUUUCCCGCCCUACUGCAGUGUCACCGCGAAGAAGUCGUUGCGCAAUGUGCCAUUCCUGGGCUGGUUCAUGGCUCUCUCGCGGACUGUCUUUAUUGAUCGUGCCAACCGCGAGAAUGCAAUGAAGGCCUUUGAUGGUGCCGUGGAAGAGAUGCGCACUUACCGCCAGAGCGUGUUCAUCUUCCCCGAGGGCACACGGAGUUACUCUGAUGAGCCUAUGCUCCUGCCGUUCAAGAAGGGUGCAUUCCAUUUGGCUGUCAAGGCUGGCGUGCCUAUUGUUCCGGUGGUGACUGAGAACUAUUCUCACAUCAUGUCACCUCGUAACCUGCGCUUCAAUGCCGGAUCUAUCAAAGUCAAGGUCCUGCCUCCUAUCAUCACCAAAGACUUGACUCCAGCCGAUGUGGAUCAGCUUACCCAGUCGACUCGCGCCUCCAUGCUCAAGACUAUCAUGAGCAUGACACGCGAGGCCAACAUGGUUGAGUUCUCGCGGGCUAACGGCGUCUCGACUGCCGUUGAGAUUUGA